CUCCUCCUGACGUCACAUCAAUGGCUCUUUGCAUGAACUGUUUUCUGCAACCCCUUCUCGUGUGCAAAGCAAAGCAAAACGUAUCGCACUGCCGCUGCCAACGAAUUCCGACUAGAGUGAGAGGGAAAGAGAGGGAAGAUCGGAGCGAAGGGAAAUCUCUCGUAUCAAUUUGAACGACGGAAAAACAGCACAAAAGCGGGCAGGGUGACAUUUUCUACAUCCAUUGGAAGAGAAACCUUCCCCUUGCAUCGAAAAUGGAGCUACCCGCCGCGGGAGAGCACGUCUUUGCGGUGGAGAGCAUUGAGAAGAAGCGGAAUCGAAAGGGGAGGAUGGAAUACCUAGUCAAGUGGCGAGGAUGGUCUCCAAAAUAUAACACGUGGGAACCAGAAGAAAACAUCCUCGACCCGCGACUGCUUGACGCUUUCCAGAACAGGGAGAGAUACGAGCAGCUUAUGGGAUAUCGCAAAAGAGGGCCAAAGCCAAAGCACCUGAUCGCCCAGGUCCCGUCCUUUGCCCGGAGAUCCAGCGUCCUCUCAGGCCUUCAGGAGACCACCCUGGACGAGGAAAACCGGCAGAAAGUGGACCCCAUCCAGACACUGCGCUCGCAGACCCAGCAGUACCAGCUGAACAGCAAGAAGCACCACCAGUACCAGCCCCUGCUGGCCAAGGAGAGGGAGGCCGAGCAGCAGGCCAACGGAAAGAAGAAGCUCUACUACCAGCUCAACAGCAAGAAACAUCACCACUACCAGCCUGACCCCAAAAUGUAUGACAGCACCCAGUGCAUGAAGCCCAGGGAGGCCACCAAAGCUCCAGAACUGCCCACCAACCACAGCUGGAACCUGCCUCCCGCACUGCAGCAGAAGUGGGUCCGGGACAAGGACUCUGGCUGCCUGAGCAAAGUCAAGGAUAUCACCAUGGAGCUAAAGAAGCUUCCGGCUCACCUCAACGACCACAGUGGCGAAUCGGAGCAGAGCAAGGCCACGGCCAAAGAGGACGCACCGCUGUUGAAGGCCAACGGUGUCAGCGACAGCAAGCUGAAGAUCGUCAAGAACAAAAACAAGAAUGGACGCAUCGUCAUUGUCAUGAGCAAGUACAUGGAGAACGGCAUGCAGGCGGCAAGGAUUAAAAACGGAGAUGUGGAAACCCUUGACGAGCCGCAGCCGGACAAUGAUGAUGAUGCUGCAGAAAAUCAACUUGAAAAGAUGAGGCUCGUCCAGAAACUGGGUCUCACCAACGGAUUCGCGAAAGACUGCAACAAAGACGUUAAGUUACACGUCCUCAACUCAGGAUCUAACGGAUCUAACGUAUUUAAGUGUCCUGCUGAGAAGGUCGACUCACCCAAAAUGGAGCUUAGUGCGACAGAGCAGCCCCUGAGGCUGACCACCAAACCUAACCUUGCCCCUUGGCCCUUUGAGAUGGGGGUUCAUAGAAGGACUCAGCCAGUAAACGGCUCUUCUCCAGCCUUCAAACGUCACCUUUCAGAGGCAGACAAGGGCGAGGACCGGGGUGGCUGUAAACGGUUUCUAAACUCCCGGAGUAUCAGUGCACCCUGCACUGUGUCCUCACCACCUCAGAGCAACUCCAUGGACCAAAAUGGCCACCAUAGCCACAAUGGCCACCAGGACUAUGACUUCCUGGAGUCUAACCAGGACGAGCCCAUGGACCUCAGCUGUGUGAGGUCCAAACGGGAGGCUCCAGUUCCCACAGAGACACAGGUGGCUCCUUCUGCCGAGGAGGAGAAGACUGCCGAACAGACAAAACCGCCAUUGGCUAUCACAACAGAACAGACAAAACCGCCAUUGGCUAUCACAACAGAACAUACUGUGGAGGAGGAGCCUUUUCCUUCAUUCAAGCCUUUCCUUGGGAAUAUAGUCAUCACGGAUAUUACAACAAACUGUCUCACAGUGACAUUUAAGGAAUACGUUACAGUGUAACGAAGCUGAAAAAGACGAUCUGAGGACGAGGGAUUAAUAGCAAAUGUGUGAAUAUGUACAAAUGUGUGUUGGAACAUAUUGGUAUUUUCAGAUGUUUGAAUGUAAAUAAGAGCCCUUACAGUUUACAUUUAGUGGGGUUGAGAUUCAUUUUGUUUCGGGUUCCUAACCCUUCUAUAAUUUGUAUGGACGUAGCUUUGGCUAUCAUUCUCUAAAUGAGCCCCAGCGUUGUUGUCAUACUUGAUGGUGUAAGCUUCUAAUUGAGUUACAAACUACUUUAGUAUAUGCUGUUUGACACAUGGUAUCAGGGCUCAGUGAAAAAGCACUUACUCUUGUAAAUCAUUAUUUACUUUUUAUAAAGGCUUUAUAUCCGU